AUGCCACCGUACCUGACAGCGGCUUGCCAUAAUGCUCUCGAGGUGGUGAAGAUUCUCAUAGAGCGCGGCACCGACAUCUUUGUCACCGAUGAGGAAGGACGUACCGCAAUUCACGUUGGAGCCAAGUUCAACGCCAUAAAGGUGCUUAGGGUACUCUAUGAGUACGGAGCCGCACUGGAUGCACUGGAUGAAGAUGAGGAUACUCCGUUGCUUCUAGCUGCCAUGAGGGGCGAAACUAUUAGUGGUUAG